AUUAAAAAAAAAAAAAAAAAAUGGAAACGAUCAGUAACAGUAAACCAUGCCGCACUUGUACAGAUUUUACAACUUGGGUUAAAUUACAGAAAAAAACAUUUGAUUCAGAACAAACUGCAGAUACAGUCAAGCAUGAGAUAACCAGCACAAUCAAUAAUGAAACAACUGGAAGUGCACAAAAAAAUUGCCCGCUAGACAAGGAUGAAUUGGGUCUAAGUACAUGGAAUUUCUUACACACAAUGGCAGCGUAUUAUCCAAGUACUCCGACAGUCGAACAGAAAAAUGAUAUGAAGCUAUUUUUUCAUUUACUAGCAAAAUUUUAUCCUUGCACGAGUUGUGCCAAAGAUCUCAUGGAACAAUUGAAAACAUCGUCUCCAGAAACUGACUCUCAAUAUAAAUUGAGUCAAUGGCUGUGUAGAAUGCAUAACGAAGUUAAUAAGAAGUUGGGUAAACCUGAAUUCAAUUGUAAACUAGUAGAUGAAAGGUGGCUAAGUGGUUGGGCUGAUGGUUCCUGUGAUUAAUUUAAUGUUAAAUAGUAUUGAUAAAAUGUUAAAAAUAUUAUUAAAAAAUCUUU